UUAAACUGUAUAUUUUGGAUAUCUGCUUUGUAAGACCUGAAAUGUCAAUAACUGAAAUCGGCAAAGGAUCAACAUUCUGUACGGUUGAACGAUUUUAAAUACAUUGCGUCAUCAUUUCAGGGAACUGAUUUUUAAAAGCUUUUUUGGGUGUUAUAUCAAAAAGGAACUAGCAAGGUGUACUUGGUGUCGAAUUCCUGAAACUGUGGUUUGUUUUGGUAAAUUUUAAUGAUAGUUCAUUCCUAUUGAUAUAAAAACCAGGAAGUCUAAAUGUAUAACUGAAAUGAAUCGUGAUUUGUGACUAAAUUUGGACAUUCCACUUUUACAAGGAAGGAAUGCCGGGAACAGCAGAUUUACUCCCCAAAUCCUCCUCCAAACGGACUCGUACGGUAGAAAACCUUGUCAGACCAUUUAUUCUUAAAGAUGAAGACUACAAGCACCUCAUGGAUAUCAUGUUACAAGAAUUUAACAAGGGACUGGGCAAAGACACCAACCCCACAGCCAAGGUCAAAAUGUACCCCACAUACGUCAGGGACGUCCCCGAUGGGUCAGAGGAUGGAAAUUACCUAGCCCUGGACUUGGGGGGUACAAACUUCCGAGUGUUGUUAAUUAACCUUAAUGGUCAGGAAGUCACCAUGGAGAGCAAAAUCUACCUUAUACCCCAACACAUAAUGACAGGAACCGGUGUACAGCUAUUUGAUCAUAUAGCAGAAUGUAUCUACAAAUUCAUGAAGAACCACAAUCUCCUAGACCAGAAGAUUCCCCUGGGUUUUACGUUCUCCUUCCCCUGUAAACAGAUGGGUUUGAACCACGCCGUUCUGACGCAGUGGACAAAAGGCUUCAAGUGCGAGGGAGUGGAGGGGGAAGACGUGGUCAGACUUCUACACGAGGCCAUCAAAAGGAGAGGGGAUUUAGACGUGGAAUGUCUAGCUGUGAUAAACGACACGGUGGGAGCCCUGAUGUCCUGUGCCCACAGUGACAGAGAGUGUGCAAUAGGUCUUAUUCUAGGAACAGGAACUAAUGCGUGUUACAUAGAGAAAUUAGAAAAUGUGGAAUUGUGGGAUGGGGACGAUAAAGAACCCAGACAGGUAAUGAUCAAUACAGAGUGGGGAGCUCUGGGGGACGACGGGUCUCUGGACUUCAUCAAAACCGAAUACGACAAACAAGUCGACAAACACUCCAUUAACCCCGGCAGGCAAACAUAUGAGAAAAUGAUUUCUGGUAUGUACAUGGGAGAAAUUGUGAGACUAGCUCUUGAAAAACUACGAAAGAGUGAUCUUUUAUUCAAAGGAAAAGGAUCAGAAGAAUUAUCCACUAGGGGGCGCUUCUACACCAAAUAUGUAUCAGAAAUUGAAAGUGAUGUAGAUGACCACUUUAAGAACACCAAACAAGUGUUUGACGAGUUAGGACUUGAGAAAUAUUCCGAUGAGGACUGUAGGAUCGCCCAGUACGUGUGUUCUCUGGUCUCAACGAGGGCAGCCUUCCUAGCAUCUGCUGGUGUCGCCACUCUUUUGAACAAAAUGGAUCGACAGGAUGUGACGGUAGCUGUUGAUGGUUCCUUGUAUCGCUUCCAUCCUCAUUUCCACGAUCUCAUGGUAGAAAAGAUCGAGCAACUCGUCAAUCCAGGAAUCAAGUUCAAACUGAUGUUGUCUCAUGAUGGAAGUGGAAAGGGGGCGGCCAUUGUAACAGCUGUGGCUCAUAGACUACGAGAAGCUGAGAAAAGUAGUAUAGGACAAAAUGAGAUAGAAAACUGAACAUUUCAUCUCUGUUACCCUCGUACUUCUUAAAACACAAACCAAAAUCAAACUUUAUAGGUUUACGUGGGAGGAUCCUUUCCUGCCAGUAUUUGUAGGAAAUGGAUCGCUUCCCAUUAUCCUAUAUCUCAAAUGACACUGGUCAUGUUGUCGACUUUUUGUCAAAGGGUAAACUUGCUUUCAUUUUUGGAAUUUUAAGGGAUACCCAUGCAAAGGCAAUUAUUUUCUGGAACUGUAAUGCUGUUAAAAUUAGUGAUAGAAGAAGCAGCAAAAUUUUAUUUUAGCUGGUAUGUUAGCUAUUAAAAAGGGGUACAUUCUGUGGUUCUUAGAACUCAGUUGUUAUGCAAAAAAUGAAUACAGUUGCUUAUAUGAGCAGUGUACUUCAAUAUAGGAAUAAAGAAAAGCAUAAUAAAGUUUGCUUUAGUUUGUGAACAGUUAAACCAAACUUCAGAUGGAAGUGUUUACAUUGUUUUUACUUUCAACCAAAAUUCUGUGUUAUUUAUAUAUUUUUAAUGCCAUUUUUUUUUUGUUCAACCAUUGCUAUACAUAUAUUUCAUGAUAUUGGAAAAAAAAAAUUUACACUAGCUGCUUUUAUUGAGAUUGCAAUAUUAUUUCCUUUUGAUUAAAGAAGAGGAUACUUGCUUAUAACAAACAGAGAGAUAGAUAAAGAAAAUGUCCAGAGGAAAAAAAAAGAAUACUUUGUCACGUCCAUGUACUUAACAUUCAUAUAAGUAUAAUAGAAAGGAACAAGCUUUUUUUCUAUUCAAUCUGAACUUCAGCCUUUCAGGUUAAAAGUCAAAAGUCUUUUGACUCAAUGCUUUUCAGCUCAUUGUUGACACACAUUUUUUUAUGUGUCUUAUAUUUCAUGUCAUGUCUGUGCUUCUAAAUGCAUAUAAAAGUAGAAAAUGAAGUUAUUUUUCAUUUUGUUUUUUGAAAUUUUGGCCAGAGUGCUUUCGUUACCUCCAUAACUGGUUUGCUUUUACUGUGAAUAAGAAUAGUAAACUGAGAGGGUGUUAUUACUAUAACACCCAUCCUUGGUCCAUUGUACUGUUUGUGGUUCAUUGUAGUCUUUUCAUCGCACUGUCUUCUACAGAAUUCUUCAUUGGGGGCAUUAAAUAUUGUAAAGUAUUUAAUUUGAAAUCUGUAAAUUUUUCUUAUCUUCCAAUGAACUUUUCAUGAAUUUGAGCAAUUUCAAAGAUUGUAUUUUUUACAAAGUGUUAAAUUAUGUUAUGUAUGAUAUGUUUUAUCUCUUACUUUAUUAUACUUGCCCCUCUCACCCGCUUUCAGAGAUAAAACAUUACUUUUCAUUUCUUCAUGCCUGCUGUGUGUUCAUUGGUCAAGUCAUCAGUGGUGGCUUAUUGUUAAUUUAAACAUGAAGCAUUUUGAAUAAACAGAAAUAUUGAAUCUCAAA